CUCCAGACCAGGUCCACCAUGAAGGAGCACUACCGUGCCUGGGACAUGUUGCGUCGCCGCCCCACUUUACACACAGAUGAGCUAGAGAAACCCAUGGGGGCUUUCACCAACACCACCACCUUCCACUCAGCAUACACACCCAAGACAGCCCAGCGCACCACUAGCUUCAAGCCCACUCAGACGCUGCUGAGUCCCAAGGCCAUGAAUGAAGACUCUGUCUGUCGCCCCACCUACACGCCCAAGGAGAUCCCACCUUGCCCAGCCUGGGAUGGCUGUCCUCCUGGCUUUGAGUACAGCUCCAUGGGGGCUGGAGGACACAGGCUGUACCGGACCAUCUCGAUACAGGAAACAGGGCCGAGUCAGCUGGCCGCAGCCACGAGCGAUGAGUCUCCUUACUCCCACAGCAGGAAGAGCUGCAUGGUCCCCAGCCAAGCCAAGAGGGUGCCAGAGUCCUGACUACUAACCUGUACACACACAGCUAGCUAGAGGACUUUCUUAUUUUUCUAUUCAAAUAGAGCACCUUUGGUAUUUUUUAUAGUCACAUUUAAAAAAAUGUGAUAAUGCUAGUUGUGCAUUUUAUUUAUUUUAUACAAAGAUGUCAGAAAUUCUUACUUGAACAUUACAUCGUUAAGCUUUUUGCUAUUUUAUGUUACAUAAGUUAACAAUGUGGACACAAACGUAAAAGAUCAGACACCAUAUAGCAUAGUAACGCACCAGAUGCAGCAGAAUGUGUGUACCAGCAAUAUAAUCAAUGAAGUUUUUAUUAAUGAGCUGAAUAAAAAGCCAGUCCAUUAAAGGCCCAAUGCAGCUGUUUUUAUCUCAAUAUCAAAUCAUUUCUGGGUAACACUCCAUCCUGGUUACUGUGUUAUCUGGGUGAGGGUGGUAAGUACCUUAGUGUGAUUGUUUUCAAUUAAAAUGGUCAAAAAGAAACAAAAAUA